AUGGGCAAAAAACACCAAGAACUAAUGCGAGCCAUGGCUCCUCCCUUCUGUUCACAGCUACAGGACUCAUCGGAGAACGAGCCUUUAUUGUACGCAAGCGAAAUGAGCGGUGUCCCAAGUGAUAGAGGUGUUCAACAGUCUUCGAAUGGUAAUGCCAGCCUGCUAAGAGCUCUUGAAGCAGAGCAAGACGCUCAUGAAGCAACGAAAAUCCAGCUCGACCAUGAGACCAAUGCACGCCAGGCAGCCGAAGCUGAGGUCCGACGAGUAACUGAGCACAAUAAAGGUCUUCUCAAUUCCAUCAAGCUGCUCCAAAGCACAGUGAAGCACAUGGUCCAGUCCGAGAAAGCUUCGCCCAAGAAACAUGUCAAGCCGUCGGCCAUGUCACAGCAUGAAUCCUCAGCAGAGACUGCCCCCAAUAUCAUUGAGUUGGGGGACGACUGCGGAGGACGUCCGUCGCGCCCACCCUCGAUGCACUCUGACGAAGCAAUGCCACAGAUACCCGCCUCUUUCCUCGAAAAAUACGGCAAGAAGCCAGAGGAAGAGCGGCCUGAGGUUGUCACACCACGUAAAGCCACAUUGACAGUGGCUACGGCAAAAGAGCACCUGGCCUCCUCCCGAGUUGUUCAGAUGGCAGAUGCACUACCGAUUGACUGGAAGAUAGAUAGUCGUCACAAUUCUGAGCUCAAAGGAGCUUCGUCAGAGACAAAGACGCAGAACUAUUUCAGAAGACAUCCGGUUCGUUACGUUCCAGAUCUUGCUGACAAAAACCUCUAUCGUACUGUUAUGAUGGACUUCAUUCCAUUUGGUACUUCUUACGCUGACCUACUGGCUCAAAUACGUGGAGGCACAUUGGAAUCUGUCCAGAUGUAUGGUCCAAUUGGUAAUGCCACUGAUUUUGUGACGGCUCGUGUUGUCUUCGUCGCCGAGACAGGAGCAGCAGCUCUUUACAUGCGCGGUCAGCACCCCGGCAUCUACAUCAACGGCACGCAAAUUCGAGUCUGGCAAGUACUUGAGCCAACGUACCCAAAGAACAAGGAAUUGGAAGAGGCAAUCUACGUCCAUGGCCAUACACGAAUACUGGUCAUCAACGCAGUGAUUGAAAACAUCGAGAAGGUCCUCAAGAACAAACUUCGAACUCAAAUUGAAGCUGGUCUCGUGCUUGAUAUUGGCCGGACCCACGACGAUCUUCCGAUUGUUGAAUUUACCAGUAUCGAGGAGGGUACCCGAGCACUAAAUGCGUUGCUAAAUGAUCGGGAUUUUGGAGGCUGCGAUUUUGACUUCGAGGAAGAUUACGUUGCGGCGGCAUGA